AUGUCGGAAGAAGAAGAGGAGGAAGGCGUGAAGGUGUCCAAAGCCUCUGCAGACCUCAUGAACUACUGCAGCGAGCACUUCAGGAACGACCCUCUCCUCGUGGGCAUCCCUACUUCAGAAAAUCCCUUCAAAGACAAAAAGCCCUGCAUUAUAUUGUAGUAAAC